GGGAAGAAUCGAUUCUUCAUCUCCACCUUCUGCUUCUCGCCUAACCAUCCCUUCCACCUUCGUGGUUGACACUGUUGUUCCUGGUAGAUCUGGUGCUUUGCUUUCCUCCCGCUAGAGUAUCGAGCUGACCGCGAUUCGGAAGGCGGAGGGCAAGAAUCUCGUCCAUGGCAUGCCCCAGGACAAAGCAAUCAAUGCUUCUUCCUUGUGCUGUUCCAGGUGGAAUACUCCUCCCAGCCGCGCCAGAAAUCCUCGCCUCUUUGCCCUAUUCUUCCUCUUCUUCUUUGGUAGAAGAGAAGGAUGCCCGCCGCGCGCCCUCGUCGUCCGCUCCUCGACUGCUGUCUCGUCAUCGUCAUCCUGCUUCACGGUACUAUGAAUGUUCAAGCUUUUAUUGGUACAUAUGGCAUAAACUAUGGUAGGAUUGCUGACAAUCUUCCUCCACCUGAAAGUGUGGUCACUCUCCUAAAAGCUGCAAAAAUAAAGAAUGUGAGAAUCUAUGAUGCUGACCACAGUGUCAUUCAUGCUUUCAAAGGAUCUGGGAUCGAGUUAAUUGUGUCAAUUCCCAAUGAGCAUUUGAAAGACUAUAAUGUAUAUGAAGAUCAUGCUAUGAGCUGGGUCAAAGAAAAUGUGGAGGCAUUUCUGCCUGAUACUCACAUCAAAGGAAUUGCAAUUGGCAAUGAGGUUUUAGGUGGUUCAGAUCAGGAACUUGAAGAAGCUCUUUUUGGUGCCAUGAAAAAUGUGUAUAACGCACUCAAGAGACUUCAAUUAGAAGAUAAAGUUGAAGUCUCAACUGCACAUUCAGCUGCUGUUUUUGCUAAUUCUUUCCCUCCCUCAUAUUGUACAUUCAGAGAAGAUAUGCUUGUUUACUUGAAACCCAUCCUGGAGUUCUCUUCACGGAUUAAUAGCCCCUUCUAUAUCAAUACUUAUCCAUUCUUGGCUUACAAAAGUGACCCUGAGCAUAUUGAUCUCAAGUACGCCCUUUUCCAGCCUAAUUCUGGCGUUCAUGAUGCAAAAACUGGGCUUCAUUAUGAUAACAUGUUCGAUGCUCAAAUAGAUGCAACUUAUGCUGCUUUGGAAGCUGCAGGUUAUCCUAAUAUGGAAGUCCGGAUUUCAGAGACUGGUUGGUCUUCUUCUGGGGAUGAAAAUGAAGCUGGUGCUACUGUGCAGAAUGCAAGGAUGUACAAUUAUAAUCUACGUAAACGACUUCUCAAGAAGAAAGGGACUCCGUUCAGGCCAAAAAUGGUGGUUAAGGCUUAUGUGUUUGCACUGUUCAAUGAGAAUCUAAAGCCUGGCCCAAGCUCUGAGAAGCAUUUCGGGCUAUUUAAUGCUGACGGGAGCAUAUCAUACAGUAUUGGCUUUACAGGCCUUCGGCCCUCAAGUGCAUCUUCACAACUCUUAUCCUUGAAGGAUCUUCGAAGACAAAGAUGGUUAGCACCAUACACGAUUGCUCUCGCGUACUGUGUAGCAAUCAUUCUGGUUUUCACUAUUUGAUUCGACAAACUGCUUUCAAUUGAUCACUUCUGUGUACCUGACUGCUGCUUUAGUUUGCACAUAGUUCGAACAGAAUUGCUAAAACAUUGUAAUAUAAGAAAUAUGCUCUAACUUCGUUCUUCUUAUGCCUAACAUGAUCCAUGAAAGAAUGAAUUAAUGUCA